AUGUCGUGUUCACAUCUCAACAAUCUCCAACCGCCAGGUCCCAACCAGCCAGUCUAUCGUGAAGACUGCACACAAUGCUUCGAUUCGAUUGACGACCCAGCAGGCCUCAACGUGUGUUUGACCUGUUUCAAUGGCGGUUGUGCUGGCGAUCGAAACCACGCUCGGUUACACUAUGAACAGACAAGUCAUCCAGUCGUCCUCAACAUCAGACGUACACGAAAGCACAUACAACGGGAUGAACCCCCAGCCAAGCUCACCAAACUCGCCAUCGCCGCAGAGACCGAGGAAGACAAGUAUGAUACCGUUGUGCAGGUGCACUGCUACGCAGAUCAGCUACAGGAUCUCGACCGGAGCCAGGGCAACCUUCCAAAUGUCAUCGAUCGUGUGCUCAAAGCCAUGACAUUCGCGAGAUCUGAGGAGGUCAAAGCAUGGGAGCAAGAACCUGAGCUGGCCAAACAUCUGGCACACUGGGGCAUCAACAUUGCCGAGCGGGAGAAGACCGAGAAGAGCUUGAUGGAAAUGCAAGUCGAACAAAAUCUCAAGUGGGAUUUCUCAAUGAUCACAGAAGACGGCAAAGAGCUAGAGCCGCUGUUUGGACAGGGCUACACCGGACUCAAGAACAUCGGUAACAGCUGCUAUCUAGCUAGCAGUGUACAGUGUCUCUUUUCACUACCAGAAUUUGAGGCACGCUACUAUCAGCCGGAUCGACCGCUCCCGUCAAGCAACAAGCCAGCAGAAGACCUCGAAACGCAGCUCCGCAAGCUUGGUGACGGGCUGCUCUCCGGCAGAUAUUCCAAGCCCGAAACAGACGUGCAAGCCGUUCUGGAAACCCCAGAGGUACCACGACAGCGAGGUCUCGCUCCUGCAAUGUUCAAACACCUCAUCGGUCGAGGUCACUCGGAAUUCUCAACCAUGCGCCAACAAGAUGCCUUUGAAUUCUUGCUCCAUCUCUUCUCCAAAAUCUCAGAAUCGUCACCACCGCCCAACGAUCCGGUCGACUCCUUCAGAUUUGCAAUGGAGCAGAGAUUGCAAUGUAAGAGUUGCAACAAGGUUCGCUACCGCGUAGAUGAGCAAGAGAAUAUCUCAGUACCUGUACCAGCUCGGCGGAAACAGGACUACAACCCUGAGCAGUCCGACGGCAGCAAAGGUUCAGAAUUCGAGCCAGUCUCACUGAAGGAAUGUCUCGACCGCUUCACAGCUCCUGUAAUCGUCGAAUUGAAGUGCUCGGGCUGUGGAUCAAAUGAAGGCUUCCUCAAAACCAACAGAUUCCAUACGUUUCCUCAGAACCUUGCCAUCAAUCCUUUACGAUUCGAAGUCGUGAACUGGGUGCCCACAAAGCUCGACAUUCCGGUCGAAGUGUCUGACGACACUUUCGACAUGUCAGCAUACAAGGGCACUGGGUUGCAACCAGGUGAAGAAGAGCUUCCAGAUGAUGACAACGCCGCCCCAGCAUUCCAACCAAAUCAAGCCGCUAUGGCCGACCUCACAGCCAUGGGCAUUCCCGAGAUAAGAUGUAUGAAAGCACUCCACGCAACCGGCAACUCGGAUGCUGAAGCUGCGAUGAAUUGGCUCUUCGACCACCAGGAGGACGCCGAUAUAGAUCUGCCCUUUGCUCCCCAAAAGUCUGCCGCCACAGGUCCAGACCCGGAGAAGCUGGCCAUGAUAGAGUCAAUGGGCAUUAUGAGACCGCAGGCCAUCAAAGCUCUACGCGUCAAUGAUGGAAAUGUGGAGCGUGCCAUUAACUGGGUUUUCGAGAAUCCCACAGACCCUGGUGACGUGGGUGAGGAGGAAAAGCCCGUCAGCAACGGACCAAAGCAAUUCCUGGGCGACCCUGACAAGGCGGAGUUCCAGCUGGAGAGCAUCGUAUGCCACAAGGGCGCGAGCGUCCAUGCGGGACAUUAUGUUGCCUUCAUCCGGAAGGCGGGAGGAACGUGGGUGCUUUUCAAUGACGAGAAAGUCGUCAAGGCAGCCGAUGUGGACGAAAUGAAGAAGUUUGCCUAUGUCUACUUCUUCCGACGACGUUAG